AUGUUUCAGGUGAUUCUCAGGCGAAUGGACGGUGAAGUGAAUUUCUUCAGGCCAUGGGAGAGUUAUAAAAAGGGUUUUGGUAAUAAAGAAGGCGAAUACUGGCUGGGUUUAGAGUUUAUGCACCAGCUGACCAGCAUGUAUCAGUAUAAACUUAGAAUAGAUUUGGAGGACUUUGAGGGGAAGAAGGCUUAUUCUCUGUACGAGUCUUUCUCUGUGGACUCUGAGGCUGAUGAGUACAAACUGCAUGUGACCGGCUUUGUAGAUGGAGGAGCAGCUCAGACUUUUGGUUAUCAUAAUGGAAUGAAGUUCUCCACCUUUGACAAAGAUAAUUCAGGACAGAACUGUGCUAAAAAAUACUCUCAAGGAGGGUUUUGGUACAACGGUUGUGAUUAUACAAACCCUACUGGUCUGUAUUGGUGGGGGAAAGAUGAUGGCAGUUUGAUGAGUGGGCCCUUCUGGUACUACUGGAAGGGCAACUAUAAAUCUCUGAAGACCGUCACCAUGAAGAUCAGACGCGUGAUGUAGAACAGGGCUUACAAAAGCUUCACUGCAGCUUGUGCACACAUCCACAACUUUAUGCAUGCAUGUGGAUCUUUCUUAAAAUA